CCUCCCCGGCCGCUGUCGCCGCCGCCGCCUCGGCCGACCAGGGACCUGCCCGCCCGCGGCUGCUCCGGACCUAGAGGAUCAAGACAUAAUGGGAGCAUUUUUAGACAAGCCAAAGAUGGAAAAGCAUAAUGCCCAGGGGCAGGGUAAUGGGUUGCGAUAUGGGCUAAGCAGCAUGCAAGGUUGGCGAGUUGAAAUGGAGGAUGCACAUACCGCUGUAAUCGGUUUGCCAAGUGGACUUGAAACAUGGUCAUUCUUUGCUGUUUAUGAUGGGCAUGCUGGUUCUCAGGUUGCCAAAUACUGCUGUGAGCAUUUGUUAGAUCACAUCACCAAUAACCAGGAUUUUAAAGGGUCUGCAGGAGCACCUUCUGUGGAAAAUGUAAAGAAUGGAAUCAGAACAGGUUUUCUGGAGAUUGAUGAACACAUGAGAGUUAUGUCAGAGAAGAAACAUGGUGCAGAUAGAAGUGGGUCAACAGCUGUGGGUGUCUUAAUUUCUCCCCAACACACUUAUUUCAUUAACUGUGGAGACUCAAGAGGUUUACUUUGUAGAAACAGGAAAGUUCACUUCUUCACACAAGAUCACAAACCAAGCAAUCCGCUGGAAAAAGAACGAAUUCAGAAUGCAGGUGGCUCUGUAAUGAUUCAACGUGUCAAUGGCUCUCUAGCUGUAUCAAGGGCCCUUGGGGAUUUUGAUUACAAAUGCGUCCAUGGAAAAGGUCCUACAGAGCAGCUUGUCUCACCAGAGCCUGAAGUUCAUGAUAUUGAAAGAUCUGAAGAAGAUGAUCAGUUCAUUAUUCUUGCAUGUGAUGGUAUCUGGGAUGUUAUGGGAAAUGAAGAGCUCUGUGAUUUUGUAAGAUCCAGACUUGAAGUCACUGAUGAUCUUGAGAAAGUUUGCAAUGAAGUAGUCGACACCUGUUUGUAUAAGGGAAGUCGAGACAACAUGAGUGUGAUUUUGAUCUGUUUUCCAAAUGCACCCAAAGUAUCGCCAGAAGCUGUGAAGAAGGAGGCAGAGUUGGACAAAUACCUGGAAUGCAGAGUAGAAGAAAUCAUAAAGAAGCAGGGGGAAGGCGUUCCCGACUUAGUCCACGUGAUGCGCACGUUAGCAAGUGAGAACAUCCCCAGCCUCCCUCCAGGGGGUGAAUUGGCAAGCAAGCGGAAUGUAAUUGAAGCCGUUUACAAUAGAUUGAAUCCUUACAAAAAUGAUGACACUGACUCUACAUCAACUGAUGAUAUGUGGUAAAACUGCUCAUCUAGCCAUGGAAUUUACCAUCACCUCCAAAGGAGAGUACAGCCCAACUUGGUUGAACCUUUUAACAUCCAUCCUCAACAUUAAGGAAGGAAAUAUGACAUGACGUUGGGUGAGCGUGAUUACACCAGAGACCUUCAGCAGUACAACAGCUAGCCCAGAACUGAUUUGUUUUGUUUCGUUUUGGUUUUUUUUUUGUAAAUUUGAAACUUACAGAAACGUGAUUUCAAACCAUAAUUCAUGUUGUAAAUCAGACUCCAGCAAUUUUUGUUGUAUGAUUGUUUUGUAAAGUGUAAUUGUCCUUGUACAAAAUGCUCAUAUUUAAUUAUGAACUGCUUUUAAAAAAUCACUAUCAAUGAUACAAGAAAUGUUUGGCUUGUUAUGUGAUGCAACAGAUAUAUAGCCCUUUUGAGUCUUGUUGUGUUCGGACUUGGGAUUGGAACAGGGAGAGCAGCAACCAUAUCACUAGACACUCAAAUGUGUACAUGAUUAUGGAGAAUAACUUCAAAACUUCACAAAGCCGAACAUCCAAGGAGUUAUGGAAACUGUCUUAAUGUUCUUGGCAUUGUUGAUGAAGCCCUUCCCUUCAUUUAACUGUCUUUCAGGAUAUUCUCUCCUUGUUGCCAUGAGUAUUGCAGGUAAUACAAUAUAUUCAUAACAAUAUCAAUCUUGGGGCUAAAAUGCCUUUGAUUUUUUUUUUGGACCUCUUUUACAAGUCCUUACAUUUAAUUCCUAAUUGAAGAGCAGCAGCUUCCUACGUAUAGUAGGAGACUGCCACAUUUUUUUUUUUUAAUCUUUUUUGCUAUCAUGAUUGGCCGGGCCUGCUGCUGUUCCUGGUAAGAUAUUCUGAAUUCAUUUUAUCAAUAAAGCUUGAUUUAACAAACAAG